AUGUCAGUGUGUUUUGGGCUAUCCUGUCAGCAGCAGCAGCUGACAGGGCAGAUGUCUCCUGUCAUAGUGGGGGUAAAAGUAUGCGCGGGCACAGAGAACAAGCUGAGUACUCUGUCGGACCUGGAGCAGCAGUACCGCACCUUGAGAAAGUACUACGAGAACUGUGAGGUUGUCAUGGGUAACCUUGAGAUCACCAGCAUCGACCGCUCCAGAGACCUCUCCUUCCUCAGGUCUAUCCGGGAGGUGACAGGCUAUGUGCUGGUGGCUCUGAACCAGUUUGACUACCUGCCGCUGGAGAACCUGAGGAUCAUCAGAGGAACUAAGAUGUAUGAAGACCGCUACGCUCUGGCGAUCUUCCUCAACUACCGCAGAGAUGGGAACUUUGGCCUGCGCCAACUGGGACUGAAGAACCUCACAGAGAUCCUACAAGGCGGUGUGUAUGUCGACCAGAAUAAGUUCCUGUGCCAUGCAGACACCAUCCACUGGCAAGAUAUCGUCAAGAACGCCCGCGUCAGCCCUCUGGUGGUGCCCACCAAUAGCAGUGUUACAUGCCAGAAGUGUCACAAAUCCUGUAACGGUCGCUGUUGGGGCCCCAAGGAGGACCAGUGUCAAAGCUUGACUAAAACCGUGUGUGCUGAGCAGUGUGACGGUCGCUGUUUCGGACCCUGGGUUAGUAACUGCUGCCAUCGCGAGUGUGCAGGCGGAUGCUCCGGACCCAAGGAUACGGACUGCUUCGCGUGCACCAACUUCAACGACAGCGGGGCGUGUGUGACCCAGUGUCCCCAGCCCUUUGUGUACAACCCCACCACCUUCCAGCUGGAAAGCAACCCCAGAGCCAAGUACACCUAUGGUGCCUUCUGCGUCAAGAAGUGCCCACAUAACUUUGUGGUGGACCACAGCUCCUGUGUGAGGGCUUGUCCCAGCAACAAGAUGGAGGUGGAGCAGAACCGCAUCAAGAUGUGCAUCGCCUGCACUGACAUCUGUCCUAAAGCCUGUGAUGGUAUAGGUACAGCCAGUCUGCAGUCUGCUCAGACCGUGGACUCCAGCAACAUAGAGAAGUUCACCAACUGUACCAAGAUCAAUGGAAACCUGGUCUUCCUCAUCACUGGCAUUAAAGGGGAUGUGUACCACAACAUUAAAGCUUUGGAUCCAGAGAAGCUGAAUGUGUUCCGGACUGUUAGGGAGAUCACAGGUUUCCUGAACAUCCAGUCGUGGCCAGAGAACAUGACAGACCUGAGUGUCUUCUCCAAUCUGGCAACCAUAGGAGGCAGAGCUCUAUACAGUGGUAUCUCUCUCCUUGUGUUGAAGCAGCAGUGGAUGUCGUCCCUCCAGCUCCAGUCCCUGAAUGAGAUCAGUGCUGGUAAUGUGUACAUCACCAAUAACAGUCAGCUGUGCUACUACAACACCGUCAACUGGACCGGCCUGUUCAGAGCCAACAACCAGAAGGUCGUCAUACGCAACAACAGAGACCCUAAAGAGUGUACUACUGAGCAGAUGGUGUGUGACCCUCUGUGUUCGGACGCUGGCUGCUGGGGGCCAGGACCAAACCAGUGCCUAUCCUGCCGCUACUUUAUUAGAGGACGCAUCUGUGUGGACACCUGCAAUCUCUAUGAAGGGGAGGUGCGUGAGUAUGACAACGGCUCGGUGUGUGUGGAGUGUGAUGCCCAGUGUGAGAGAGCAGAUGGUGAAUCCCUGACCUGUCAUGGCCCGGGUCCGGAUCACUGUGUGAAGUGUCUCCACUUUAAAGAUGGUCCUAACUGUGUGGAGAAGUGUCCCGACGGCCUUCAAGGGGCCAACAGCUUCAUCUUUAAAUAUGCCGAGGCCAACAACGAGUGCCAUCCCUGUCACUCCAACUGCACUCAGGGGUGUAUUGGACCCAGACUGCAGGACUGUAUUGGCAUGAUGGACAGGACUCCCCUGAUUGCAGCCGGGGUGAUAGGUGGCCUCUUCGUGGUGGUCAUCGUGGCUCUGAGCGGAGCUGUGUCCGUCCGCAGGAAGAGCAUCAAGAAGAAGAGAGCCCUGCGACGCUUCCUCGAGACAGAGCUGGUGGAGCCACUAACACCUAGUGGUACAGCCCCUAACCAGGCCCAGCUCCGCAUCCUCAAAGAGACUGAACUCAAGAGGGUCAAGAUACUGGGCUCGGGGGCCUUCGGCACCGUCUACAAGGGUAUCUGGGUCCCGGAGGGCGAGACUGUGAAGAUCCCAGUGGCCAUCAAGAUCCUGAACGAGGCAACGGGACCGAAGGCCAACGUGGAGUUCAUGGACGAGGCUCUGAUCAUGGCCAGCAUGGAACACCCUCACCUGGUCCGUCUCCUGGGGGUCUGCCUGAGCCCCACCAUCCAGCUGGUCACCCAGCUCAUGCCCCAUGGCUGCCUGCUCGAUUACGUCCACGAACACAAGGACAACAUCGGCUCCCAGCUGCUGCUCAACUGGUGUGUCCAGAUCGCCAAGAGCAUCCAGGCCUGGGAGGAAGGAGGUGGCAGCAAAGGGGGCUGCUGCCUCCUGGCCCAGCAGCUGAUCCACAUGGCGUCGGUGCACCUGACCGUUAGGUGUCUGAGUCCUGGUAUGAUGUACCUGGAGGAGAGGAGACUGGUGCACAGAGACCUAGCAGCCCGUAAUGUGCUGGUCAAGUCCCCCAACCACAUCAAGAUCACUGACUUUGGUCUGGCUCGGCUGCUGGACAUCAAUGAGAAGGAGUACAAUGCUGACGGGGGCAAGUGUGUCGCCUAUGUGCUGGCAGGGGUGAUACUUGCAGAUCUGAAAUGA